AUUUUACGAGUCUCCUUUCAAACUUGGAUCAUAAGUGCCUACCGUUGUUAUAUUCGUCUAAUUACAUAAUGCAUGACUGAUCUGCUGCUGGCAUCGUCGAGACUCAAUCGUCAACAGGAGAUUACACAUCCUGGAGCCAAAAUUAUCCUAUUUGACAUAUAGUGUCUAACUAGGAACAUCUUUAACGUCGUUCUAACUAUGAAAAUGAAUCUGAAGAGAAGAAGGUGUGCAGAGCUGGGGCGUUUUGGUGCCAUCUUGUUGGCAGCGGUGUUUGCCGGAUGCAUGACCAUGAGCCACGCCGAAGCUUCGGGGCAAGAAGCAACCGGUCCAGCGCCCGAGACGGCACCAUCCCCAGGGAAGAUCACUCCUGGUGAACACCAAGAAGCUUCUAUUUCGUCUGGAUAUGAUGGUGGUGGCGAUGAUUUAAGGUCAAAUGAUACAAGUAGUUCAACCCAUGCACCAAGCACAACCAAAAAGAUUACAGAACCAUCUGACGAGCAGUUACCAGACAUUGGCUCUGCCGAGGAGGAGCAUUCUUCAAGUUUAGCUCUCUUUUUUAUCUUGGGUAUCAUAGGAGUGUGCAUCCUGUUAACUCAUCUCCUGAUUAAGCUCAAGUUCCACUAUCUCCCUGAGAGUGUUGCAGUGGUCUGCCUUGGUGUUCUAGUGGGUCUUAUUAUCCUUGCUCUAAAACACACCAAUCUCAGUAACCAUGAUUUCACGCAAGAUGAAAUCCUUGAUCCUACAACAUUCUUUCUCGUUCUACUUCCUCCAAUUAUAUUUGAAUCUGGAUAUUCCUUGCACAAGGGUAAUUUCUUCCAGAAUAUUGGUUCCAUCUUGGUGUUUGCGAUCUUCGGUACCAUCAUCUCCACUCUCAUCGUAGGAGGGGGUGUGUAUCUCCUCGGGCAGGCUAAGGUGGCCUACGAGUUGACUUUGGUAGAGAGUUUUGCGUUCGGUUCACUGAUCUCAGCCGUUGAUCCUGUCGCGACCCUCGCCAUUUUCUCAGCUCUUGACGUUCAUCCUUUACUGAACAUGUUGGUGUUUGGUGAGAGCAUCCUCAAUGAUGCCGUCUCAAUUGUACUUUCAAAUACUGUAAUAGCCCUAGACUCUCCUGCGAUGGCCGAUGUAUCAGCUCUCCAUGCCAUCGGUUAUGCAGUCGGAUCAUUCUGUAUCAUGUUCUUUGCUUCAUCUCUCCUUGGUAUUGCUAUUGGACUUAUCAGCGCUCUCAUAUUGAAGCAUGUUGAUCUGAGGAAGACGCCAUCACUUGAGUUUGGUAUCAUGCUCAUCUUUGCUUAUCUGCCAUACGCACUGGCUGAAGGCAUCAAACUCUCAGGCAUCAUGGCUAUCCUAUUUUGUGGUAUUGUGAUGUCACACUACACCCAUUACAACCUAUCACCCGUCACACAGAUCAACAUGCAGCACUCCUUCAGAACAAUGGCUUUCUUAGCAGAAACUUGUGUAUUCAUGUACCUAGGGUUGGCUAUUCCGAGCUUCAAUCAUAGAUUUGAACCAGCUUUAAUACUUUGGAGCAUAGUCCUUAUUCUGGUUGGGCGAGCCUUCAACACAUUUCCACUGUCUUUCAUCUGUAAUAAAUUUAGAGAACAUAAAAUCACCUUUAAAAUGCAGUUUGUUAUGUGGUUUAGUGGUUUAAGAGGGGCUAUUGCCUAUGCUCUGAGCAUGCACUUAGAGUUUGGCAAUGAUACAAGACAUGUUCUCGUCACCACUACUCUGGUCAUUGUCUUGUUCACAGUCUUAGGUUUGGGAGGAUCAACUCUCCCACUCUUAAAGUGUAUUGGAGCAGAAAGUAAAUCAAAGAAGGAAAUCUCACUCAGCAAAACAGAAGAGAUGGGCAGUGCAUUGGAUGCUGAGCACCUCUCUGAACUAACUGAAGAAGAAUAUGAAGUGAACUACAUAAGACCAGGUCUUAAAGGCUUUCUGAGAUGGGACACCAAGUACUUAACACCUUUCUUCACCAGAAGACUCACAAAUAAGGAAAUCACCGAUGGGCGUUACCAGAUGCGGCAGCUGGCCAACCGGUGGUACUCUGAGGUGCGUGGCCCCGCGUCGGAUACGGAAGAUGAAACAGAACUGCUCGGCAACUGAAGAAAUGAGAUGACAGAAGUUGGAGUGUGUGAAUAUCUUGAACAUGAAACGUUUCAAAGAGAUCAUAAGCUCAUGUGUGAAGAGGAAUUGCGUCAUCCAGGAAGGUCAAAGGUCGCAUCAAUGUUAUAGAUAACUCCACGAAGGCAUUCAGCCAAAUACCCUACAGAUGACUGGCUGGUUCAAAUGAUUGCAUUCCACAGUUACAGUGCAAGUGUAUAGAAAACUUGCUGCUAUGCCUGACAGAGCUCUGGACAGCUCUGUGGUGAUUAUUUAUCAACUAGUACAAGUUAUUUUAUUAUUUAUUCAUUUUACUAAGUUAUUUUUUGGUUGAAAACUGGCAAGAAUUACUCAUAGUAGUGAUGAAAGCUCUUGCAUUGAGAAGAAUUUUGGAGAUGCAGUACAGAGCAAAAUAAAACAAUGAACUUUGAUAGAACACUACGUCAAAUGACUGAGAAUUGAAAAUAGCCUAAAGCUCAAGGAGGGAAUGUCAAUUUUAUAAUAAAAAUAUCUAUCAGGAUCAUAAUAAUUCUUGAGUUGCAUAAGAGGCAGAUACAUGCACUUAUAAAUCUUGAAUGACUAUUAUUGAUCAUCAUGUGGGUUUUAAAAAGUUACAGGCAAUUAAACUCUUUAAAAGUGCGAAGUACACAUUUAUAAUUCCAUUAGUCUGUGUGUGCAACUUUUUUGAUAGACAGAGUAGUUUAAUUUGGAAAGUGGCACUGUGAGUUUUUCAUAGAUGUUAAUAGGGACUUUACGCACAGUGACACGGAAUGAAUACUGCAAAAUGCAAAAUUUUUCAAAACGGCAGUCUUGUCUCCGGACAAAUGUCAUUUGUCAUUUAUCUCUGGACAAAUGACAUAUUUGCAAUUUUUUGUCACUUCUGAAAUGUUGGACGAAACUACUGGAAUGAUUCCCUGACCCUCGACAAAGACUUCUGUGUUGUUUGACUUGCAAGGUUUUGUUGCAUUUAGAUGAUCAGGGCCCUGUUGCUUGAAUAUAUAUCACAUGUCCAUGCAAUAGUACAUUUUGGAUGGUACAUUUUGGAUGGUAGGCAUGUUGCACAUUUGAGCUCCCAUAGGCUCUUGCACUAUUAGCUGAGUGGACCUUCCUCGAGUACUCUCUUUUAUCCGUCUUGAUUUCAUUUGCGAGUGUGUGAUCGCUUUCAUUUCCAUAAACUCUUUUCUGUGAUUGUUUUACUUUAAUAGGUAUUUAUGGUGCAUACAAUCUGAAAAAAAUGUAUUCAUAGAAUUCAAGUUUUUUAAAAGAUAAAGAGUGAGAAUACUUAUAAAUGCGGUGCAAUGCAGUUUCCUUUGCUAUUAUGUGAAGUCUGUACUAUACAUUACAUUUUCAGUUGUGUAACAUUUCUAUAAUAUAUGCAUAUUUGAUGCGUUGUUUUGUUGUCAUUUAAGAAAAUAUAUUUGUUUGCAGGGUAUGAGAAGUAUAUUAAUAUAAUAAUAUAAUAUAACAAUAGCAGGGCCCGCUGGGAGAACAGUUUUCGGAACUGAAGCGGCUUCCCUGGGUAAAUAUACCUGUAUUAUUAUUAUUAUUAUUAUUAUUAUUAUUAUUAUAUGCAGUAGUAAAGUCGUACUAAGAUUAAGAGUACUUUUCCAAUUAUUUCUUAUGAUUUUUUUUCCUAGUUUGAUGGUUCAUCUGAUAUUUUCUGUUAUUGUAAUUAUAUGAUUUAGAAUGAUGCUGAACUAUUAAAAGCAUCAUGAAGAUUUAAAUGAAGAGCUCUUUCUUGAAAUUAAUGCAUUCAUGGUAACUCAUACGUUAUCUUGGGGUCUGUAAAACAAAACAAAAUUGGGCAAUAGAUAAUAGAGUUGAAUUGAACAUAUGCUUGCAUGGCCGUACACAGCGGGGAGGGAGGAUGCAACAUGGGCAGUUGCCCCCCCCCCUCCCCCCCAAAAUUAUGGAAACCUACAUUUUUUAUUGUAAAAAACUGCUCAUGAAAUCCUUCAAUUUCACUUUAGAAAAUGCAAAAGUGCCCCAUAGGGCCCAUAGGGGAAACAGUUAGUCCACGCUUCUGAACAGUCUCUGUUUCACUUUAUUCAUCAAUAUUAACAAUGAUGAAAAUAGUAUUUAUAUCAUAAUUCGGCAAUGACAUGUAAAAAUAAAAUAGUUUUUCACUUUUUUAGAUUUUAUGAUAGAGUGUUAAAAGCUCUUUCUGGUGAUCACAAAAUCACUGUACCUUUGUACAAAAAAGAUGAUUAUGAAAGGGCAAAUUGCUGCCAAAUGUCUAUUUUGGCUAAAGGAAGGGCAAUAUGGGGUGUGCCCUUAUUCCACUCAGAAAACCUCAUGAAUAUAUAUAUACCAUAGAAAAGGCAAUUUAAACUGGUAUUUUUUUUGCAAUCAAUAUUGUCAUAGUGCCCUUUUACUUCCCAAACGACAAUAUGAUGCCAUCUAUCGAGAAUUAAUGUCCGAGGUGCACAAUAUUAUGAUUUCCAAAGCUUUAGCUUAAGUUGGUGAAUAGGUUGUCUCCAGGCACUCGAUGAAAAGUCAUCUCACUUCACCUAGGUUAAAUGUAAUGAUACAUGUAUUUAGAACACCAACCAAAAUGGAUUCACCAAUUAUUGUAUUAUUACUCUUUGAAGGACUGUCUUGAUUAUUAUUAGUAUUUAUGAGAUUUUGAAUGAUUGCUGCAGUAAAAUUAAUUUCUUUUAUCUUUUUUAGAUAAAUUGUGUUUUUAAAUUUUUUUUCUUCAUAAGAAGGGGAUAAUUCAUAAUAAUAUUUAUUUUUGAGUUUAUGGUAUUAAGAGUUAUUUUGGGAAUGUAAAGUACUAUAUUGCUUCUACUUAUAUUUUUUGUCACGUUUUACUCAUUCUUUAUUAUUUCAUAUUUGUCAGGAAAGUCCAACUAUGUGUCCAAUUUGAAGAUUUUCUAUGUCCUGUUAUUGCAUGAAACUGAUGUUUAUAAUUAUUGUUAAAGCAAAGAAGGUACAAGUAAUUACCGGUUAAAGGGGGUACAUGUAUCUCACUGGACCUGCAACUAGUUUACGACUCCAGAUUUGGCUAGUUGCAGCAAGAUAUCUUCAAAAUAUAAAGAAAAUAUCAACUAGAACAAAGUAUUGAAUAUUAAAGAAAAGUAUUUUUAAUCUUAGAUUCAGAUUACGGUGCGCUGACAGUGGGGCCCCCUUUAAAGUGGCUCAGUAUGUGAAAAAUCUGAGUUUUAUUAGUUCAUGCAAGUAUGUUUCUCUAUAAUUUUAUACUAGUCAACCCUGGUGCUUCUCCUUACCCACCCACCGAUUGCCACUCAUGGAUUUCAUUUAAUACCACCCGUUCUUUGCCACACCUCUUCCUCUUUUUUUUUCUUUUUUCCUUUUUUUUUGCAGAUGAGUUAAAUGGAAUAUCAUGCUCAAGAAUAAAAACAAAAAUGUACUGCAAUAUAUAACCUCAUUGAAAU